GCUCCUCCGCGCGCCCACGUCGCCCCCGCGUUCACCUCUCGUGACUCGGCCAGCGGUCCCUCGCUCUUCCGCCUCGCCUCUGCUCUGGGAGGGGGGGGGUGUCGGCAAAACUUGGAAGCGCCGGAUCGCAGGCUCCCUGCCUACUCCCCUGCCGGGGAUUUCAGACUAGACGUUUGAAGAAAAAGCUGCUGUCCGAGAAGACGACAUGCUUUCUGCAACCCCCCUGUAUGGGAACGUUCACAGCUGGAUGAACAGCGAGAGAGUCCGCAUGUGUGGGCUCAACGAAGACAGGAAAAUUCCUGGGAAUGAUGGGGAUGCUUCAAAAGCCAGACUGGAACUGAGGGAAGAAAAUCCUUUGAACCACACUGUGGUGGACGCCACCACGGCUCAUCGAAUCGAUGGCUUGGCAGCUCUGAGCAUGGAACGCAGUGGCCUGAUCCGAGAAGGCCUCCGAGUCCCAGGAAACAUCGUCUACUCCAGUUUGUGUGGACUAGGCUCAGAGAAAGGCCGAGAGGCAGCCACAAGCACCCUAGGGGGGCUUGGGUUUUCUUCAGAGAGAAAUCCAGAGAUGCAGUUCAAACCGACUACCCCGGAGACAGUAGAGGCUUCCGCCGUCUCAGGAAAGCCUCCCAACGGCUUUAGUGCUAUCUAUAAAACACCGCCUGGAAUACAAAAAACUGCUGUGCCCUCGGCAGAGACCCUGGGCUUGGACAGGUCUGCGAGCGACAAACAGAGCCCUCUCAACAUCAAUGGUGCUAGUUACCUGCGGCUGCCCUGGGUCCCUCCUUACAUGGAGGGGAGCACACCAGCCAUUUACCCUUUCCUCGACUCGCCAAAUAAGUAUUCACUGAACAUGUACAAGGCCUUGCUACCUCAGCAGUCCUACAGCCUAGCCCAGCCACUCUACUCGCCUGUCUGCACCAACGGGGAGCGCUUUCUCUACCUGCCACCGCCUCACUACGUCAGCCCCCACAUCCCAUCGUCCUUGGCUUCGCCCCUGAGGCUCUCCACCCCGUCAGCUUCCCCCGCCAUCCCGCCUCUUGUCCACUGUGCAGACAAAAGCCUCCCAUGGAAGAUGGGGGUCAGUCCUGGGAACCCAGUCGAGUCACACGCCUACCCGCAUAUCCAGAACAGCAAACAGCCCAGGGUGCCCUCCGCCAAGUCGGUGGUCGCCAGCGGCCUGCCAGGGGACACGACGCUCCUGCUGCCCCCCUCGCCUCGGCCGUCACCCCGGGUCCACCUGCCCACGCAGUCUGCCGCAGACACCUACUCCGAGUUCCACAAGCACUACGCCAGGAUCUCCACCUCGCCCUCAGUCACCCUGUCGAAGCCAUACAUGACGGUCAGCAGCGAGUUCCCCGCAGCCAGGCUCUCCAAUGGCAAGUACCCAAAAGCACCCGAUGGGGGCGAAGGGGCCCAGCCAGUUCCCGGACACGCCCGGAAAACGGCCGCUCCUGACCGAAAAGAUGGCUCCUCCUCCCCGCCUAUGUUGGAGAAGCAGACGGUUACCAAAGACGUCACCGACAAGCCACUGGACUUGUCCUCUAAAGUGGUGGACGUAGACGCCUCCAAAGCUGACCACGUGAAAAAGAUGGCUCCCACGGUCCUAGUUCACAGCCGAGCUGCAAGUGGCUUAGUGCUCUCUGGAAGUGAGCUUCCGAAGGAAACAUUAUCUCCUCCAGGAAAUGGCUGUGCUAUCUAUCGAUCUGAGAUCAUUAGCACUGCUCCCUCAUCCUGGGUGGUGCCCGGGCCAAGUCCCAACGAAGAGAACAAUGGCAAAAGCAUGCCACUGAAAAACAAAACCCUGGACUGGGCCCUGCCACAGCAACGGAGUUCUUCCUGUCCCCGCAUGGGCAGCGGCGACACCGUGGUCAGUAGCGUCUCGGGGACUGUGUCAAGCGCCGGCCGGCCGGCCUCCGCUUCUCCAGCCCCCAAUGCCAAUGCAGACGGCACCAAGACAAGCCGGAGCUCUGGGGACACCACGCCAUCCGUCAUUCAGCAUGUGGGCCAGCCCCCAACCACACCUGCCAAGCAUAGCACCAGCACCAGCGGCAAAGGUGGCAAAGCCGGCAACCCAGAGCCCAGUUUCAAAGCAAACGAGAAUGGCCUGCCACCCAGCUCAAUCUUUCUGUCUCCAAAUGAGGCGUUCAGGUCCCCCCCCAUUCCCUACCCCAGGAGUUACCUCCCUUACCCGGCACCUGAGGGCAUUGCCAUCAGCCCCCUCUCCUUACAUGGCAAAGGACCUGUUUACCCUCACCCAGUCUUGCUCCCCAAUGGCAGUCUCUUUCCCGGGCAUCUGGCCCCAAAGCCUGGGCUGCCCUAUGGGCUGCCCACGGGCCGGCCUGAGUUUGUGACCUACCAAGAUGCACUGGGGCUGGGCAUGGUGCAUCCCAUGCUGAUCCCGCACACGCCCAUCGAGAUCGCUAAAGAGGAAAAGCCAGAGAGGAGGUCCCGGUCCCACGAGCGACCCCGCUACGAGGACCCAGCCCUCCGGACUCGGUUCUCUGAGAUGAUGGAAGCUAGCAACACCAAGCUCCAUGCCGAAGUCCCCACCGACAAGAGCCUGAAGGCCAGCGCCAGUUGGAAUCAGGGGAAACCUGUGGUCAAAAGCGACAAGCUCGUCUACGUCGACCUUCUCCGAGAAGAACAAGAUGCAAAACCAGACACAACUGUGUCCAAAGCUGGCUUCUCAGCCGAGGGCGUGGGCCAGAGCGCAGCAGAGCCCCCCAAGCCCCCUACCGAGCCGGGCUUGCAGCAGCACCGGGAUUUCAUCACCAUGCGGGAGGAGCUGGGCCACCUGGGGGACUUCCAUGAAACCUAUACAUUCAAACAGGCCCCGAGCCAGUCCAUUUUCAGCUUGAGCAAGGAGAAUGUGCCAGCCGGCACCAACAAAGAGAACCUGGGGGUACCCGUCACGGCUUCGUUCCUCGAACCAGCCCUGGGGGGUGAUGGCCCUGCCAUCGCUUUCGGCAAGACCCCCGAGGAGCCCAAACCGUUUUGCAUAAGCAGCGCCCCGCCAUCGAGUGUGGACGGCCCCCCCACCUAUACCAAAGACGGAUGUGACGAUGCCGAGUGCAACGACGGCAAAGUCCUGAAACCCAAGCCAUCCAAACUGGCGAAAAGGAUUGCAAACUCCGCGGGUUACGUUGGUGACCGGUUCAAGUGCGUCACCACCGAACUGUACGCGGACUCCAGUCAGCUCAGCAGAGAGCAGCGGGCACUGCAGAUGGAAGGAUUACAAGAGGACAGUAUUUUAUGUCUACCCGCUGCUUACUGUGAGCGUGCAAUGAUGCGCUUCUCCGAGUUAGAGAUGAAAGAGCGGGAAGGUGGCCACCCAACAACCAAAGACUCCUCCGAGGUGUGCAAAUUCAGCCCUGCUGACUGGGAGAGGCUGAAAGGAAAUCAGGACAAAAAGCCCAAGUUGGUCACCCUGGAGGAGACUGGUGCUGACCAGAAUGACAAUGAGAGAUGCGAAUAUACUGCUGGCAACAAACUUGAUCCAUUCGAACCCCAGGAGGACAAAGAACUUCCUGUGGAGAAGUUUUUCGUGGAGAGGCAGCCUCUGAGCGAGUCACCCACCGAGCCGGCGGCCGUGGCGGUGGCGGCAGUGGACAUGCCCCACAGCCCCACCCUCCGGCUGGAACGCAAACGCAAACUCUCAGGGGACAGCAGCCAAACUGAGACCACCGCAGAUGACAUGGCGGAGGACUCCUUGCUCAAAGCCAAGCGGAGACGGGUCUCCAAAGAUGACUGGCCUGAGAGGGAAAUGACAAACAGUUCCUCUAAGCACUUAGAAGACCCACAUUAUAAUGAGCUGACCAACCUGAAGGUGUGCAUUGAAUUAACAGGGCUCCAUCCUAAAAAGCAACGCCACUUGCUGCACCUUAGAGAACGCUGGGAACAGCAAGUGUCUGCAGCAGAGGGCAAACCUGGCCGACAAAACAGGAAGGAAGUGACCCAGGUAGUUGAGCCUGAGGUUACUGCCCAGGGGAAUAACAUCACUGAAGAGAAGCCCAUCAGGAAAAGGUCCGAGAUCAAAGCUAAUAGAAGCUGGUCGGAAGAGUCCCUCAAAUCCAACGACAGUGAACAAGGCUUGCCUCCCUUCCCCGGCUCUCUGCCCAUGAAGAGCCUUUCAUCCAGCAAUGUAAACGGCAAAAAACAGACCCAGCCAAGCUGUAUACCAGCCUCUAGGCCGCCUGCCAAGCAACAGAAAAUUAAAGAAAGCCAAAAGACAGAUGUGCUGUGCGCUGAGGAAGACGAGGGCCACCAGGCUGCCUCCCUGCUGCAGAAAUACACCGAUGCCAGUGAGAAGCCAUCCGGGAAGAGACUGUGCAAAACCAAGCAUUUGAUACCUCAGGAGCCCAGGCGGAGCUUGCCGCUGACAGGGGAUUACUAUGUGGAGAACACUGAUGGCAAGGUGACUGUCCGGCGAUUCCGCAAGCGACCAGAGCCCACUUCGGAAUAUGACCUGUCGCCAGCCAAGCCGGAGCAGAAGCCCUUCGACCGACUGCAACAAUUUCUUCCGGCUUCCCAGUCUACCCAGCUGCCAGGCACCACUUCCCCCCAGGAGACGACCCAGUCUCGUCCGAUGCCACCCGAAGCACGAAGACUGAUUGUUAACAAGAACGCGGGUGAGACCCUCCUGCAGCGGGCCGCCCGGCUGGGUUAUGAGGAAGUGGUCUUGUAUUGCCUGGAGAACAAGAUUUGCGAUGUGAACCAUCGAGACAACGCUGGUUAUUGUGCUCUGCACGAAGCUUGUGCAAGGGGCUGGCUUAACAUCGUGCGCCACCUCCUCGAAUAUGGCGCUGAUGUCAACUGCAGUGCCCAGGAUGGAACCAGGCCUCUCCACGAUGCCGUCGAGAAUGAUCACUUGGAAAUCGUCCGCCUGCUCCUUUCCUAUGGUGCUGACCCCACUCUGGCAACGUACUCAGGGAGAACCGUCAUGAAAAUGACCCACAGUGAACUCAUGGAACGCUUUCUAACAGAUUAUUUAAAUGACCUUCAAGGCCGAAGCCAAGAGGACACCAGUGCCUCCUGGGACUUCUAUGGCAGCUCCGUGUGUGAACCGGAUGAUGAAAGUGGCUAUGAUGUUCUGGCAAAUCCCCCAGGACCGGAAGACCUGGAUGUCGAGGAUACCUCUAGCGACGUGUUUGAAUUCGAAUUUUCAGAAAACCCGCUCUUACCGUGUUACAACAUCCAAGUGUCUGUCUCUCAGGGGCCAAGGAACUGGCUGUUGCUUUCCGAUGUGCUGAAGAAACUGAAAAUGUCAUCCCGCAUAUUCCGCUGCAAUUUCCCCAAUGUGGAGAUUGUCACAAUUGCAGAGGCAGAGUUUUAUCGGCAGGUGUCGGCCAGUCUGUUGUUCUCGUGCUCCAAAGACCUGGAAGCCUUCAACCCUGAGAGCAAGGAGCUGUUAGAUCUGGUCGAAUUCACCAGCGAGCUGCAGACUCUGCUGGGCUCCUCCGUGGAGUGGCUACACCCCAGGGAUGUGGCCUCUGAGGACGACUGGUGAGCGCGCCAGGCCCGCUGUGUACAGUGUGACAUAGUGUUAAUCCUUGUGCAUAUGUGUCAUAAUAACGACUAUUUCUGUAAAGAAAGGACACUAUUACAUAUGAAAAAUAUCUCUUCUUUAUAUAAGAGAAAUGACUCCCAUUGGAAGGACUUCGGAACAUGUUUGUUUGAUGUUGGGGUUUUUUUGGUUGUUGGGUUUUUUUUAAACUUCAGUCCGUUUUUUAUGACGUUGUUAGACUGUGUCUUUACUUUUCCAUGCACACGUGUCUGGGGGUAUGUUUGCCUAGAACCUUUUUGUUUGGAUUUGGUUUUCAUUUUCGGUGGGUUUGUUCUGUUCUUCGUUUUUGUUUUGUUUUUUUCUCUCUCGUCUUUUUAAAAAAUUAGAGGCCAAGAAAUUCCACACUUUGCCGUGCUUGCAUCAGCGCUCCGAGGAUCAAAGCCGUAACUGUUGAGAGGUGGUCAGCUUCCUGUGUGACUGGUUGGGGGAGCUAACUGGGAGGAGCUAGCUUGGUGUUGUUGUUUAUGUUUUGUUUACAGAGUUACCUGCUCAGGCCAGGUAAAUGCUAUUGGAUCUGAUCCAGUAGGAUGUAAUAUAAAUUAAUACCAUAUCCACACACAGCAACUAAUUGUAAGAAACUUUUAUAUCCUAAUUUAAAAGCUGUGAAAUUCGUUUUCACGCAUCAAAACCGGAUUGUUUAUAUGUUUAAACAUUUUAUGCUCUUAUUUAAAGAAGACUUUGAGCUAUUUUUUUUCUGUACCCUGUAAAAUAUGGAAAACUAACAAUAAUAAUGUUUGAGGUUGCUUGAAGAUGUACAUACGACUAAAAUUUUCUGAAUUGUGUGUUUAUGUUUGAAAUCUGUGUUUUAACUUUGUAAGUAAAUUCUCUGCCUUUGUAUUUAUAUUUUACAAAAAUUUUCUUAAAAGGCAAUAAACCUGUUGAGGAAAGGAGAA